AAAAAAUAUAAAGGGCCUCUUAAAGGACGAGAACAAGGAUGAGUGUCUUGGUCAUGCAUGGCAUAGAAACAAUAAGUAUCAAGGAUGGCAGUGCAAAGGAUGUGAUGGAGUUGAAAAGACGGCUCGGCGAAAAGGUGAAGGACAAUGAUUUUUGGAUUGAAGGAAACGGCGAUGUGCUGGGGGAUGAGGUUCUUCUGAGUGAUCUAAAGGGAACGGUGAGGAUAUGCUAUAGGAAGAAAUAUUGUGAUUUCGUGGAUUGCAAGCUUAAGAGAAGCAAGGUUUGCAGUGAUUGCAGGUUCUGCAAAUACCUGUUUUGCGGCAUGCACAGGAUGCCGGAAGAGCAUCUGUGCAAAGAGAUAAAGAGGUGCAAGGAGGAAGCUAAUCUUAAGAACGCCAAUAAAUUGGAGGAGGGAAGAGUUGACAAGAAUAAAGUAUAGCGUUUGAUUGGUUA